CAACGCUUGCGGGAAGCUCAUCCGUUGCGCGUUUAUCAGGCAGGCUGUCGUCAAAGUUGGAUCCAGUGAGCUAUGUCGAACAAGGCGGCGGUACAGGCGCUCCAAGCGAAGGAGAAGGUGAUGCAAGACGAGAUUGAACGGUUCAAGAAACUACAGAAAGAACUGCAGAAGUUCACGGCCAGUCGAAUGCAACUGGACACACAGGUCAACGAGAACAAGACAGUCAAAGAGGAGUUGGAUAGGUUGGAAGAAGGUGCAGUGUUGUACAAACUGGUGGGACCUGUGCUGGUGAAACAGGAGCUCUCAGAGGCAAAAUUGACUGUUGAAAAGAGACUGACGUAUAUCACCAAAGAAUCUGAGAGGUAUGCAGAUAUGAUAAAGGAGACACAGAGAACGAUAGAACAGGGUACAGAGAAGCUCGGCCGGCUGCAGCAGGACUACCAGCAGGCCUUGAUGAAGGUUUCCUCUGCUGGCAGAUAGGACUGACCGAAUAUAUCGAUUUUGCUCUCUUUCUCCUUUCAAUGGACUAGUCUAUAUACCUGCGAAAAACUGACUAUUGUACCAAUACAAACUUGUUUCCCAGGUACAAUAGUCGACUGUACCAGUUUGUAUUAGUACAAUAGUCCAAUGUUCCUGUUUUUCAAUAUAGACCAGUUCACUUCUAUCGUUACUGUAGACAAUGCUAUAUGUACACUGCAAUAAUGAAUGAAUGAUGUUCAAGUGCGAAAUGUUAGUAUUUUUACAUGUUCGUGUGUGACAGCAUUUAUUA